AGCCCUCCAUUCAAUUGUUAGCCAGUGCCAGAGUCGAGCACAGUGCAGUGUCAAACGGAUUACCAGAUACUCAUCCUCAAGGAAUCAACGAUCAUCGAAACCUAAAAUCGAAAUGGCCGCCAACCAAAAGAUUGUCUUUGCUCUCGUUUGCCUGUUCUUGGCUUGUGAUUUGGUAUUGGGUCAGCAGCAGGCGGCCAACAGCUCGGAUGCGGAAACGGAUGUGGAGGAAAGCCGUACUUUUGGCCAUCAUUUCCUGCGGCGCAUCAGCUUCGCCUUGGUGCCCGGUGCCUUCGUCGUGGGCGUGAUCACCACCCUGCUGGCGGCCUUGACCGUGGUCUCCAUCAAGGGAUUGGGUGUUGGUGUCAUCCUGCUGGUGCUGGCCAUCGGUCAGAUGUUAUCCCGUGCCCUUCCAGUCCAGGCAGCUGCUGCCUAUGCCGCCGCUCCCGUUCCUGUCCAGGCCCCAGUGCCCGUGGUCUACUCCCACUCGCACACCCAGCAGCCCGUCUGGUUGGAGAAGGAGUGGUGAAGGGGAUAUUAAGGUUAUGACCAGGAUUCAGAAUAACGGCGAGCUGGUAGCAGGCCAGGAUUCACGUAUACCUCAGCCUCAGCGAGCAUGCAACCAAAUAAUAAUUUAAGUCUAGUUUAAAUUAUUUAUUUAACUUAUUUAUUUAUUACAAGUCAAGGAUGGCAAAAGCAUACAGCAGAGAAUUUUUGUUAAUGGAAAAUAAUGAAGAUUAGUCUGCUGAAUGAGGAUAAUUAUAAAUUUAUUCAUAUUUGUUAGGAACAUUUGAGUAAUGAAAGAAGUUUCAGCAAGAAAAUGUCUGUUAUGAGGAGUGUUCUACAGAAAAAAAAGAUAAAUAUGAUUUUAGUAACAAUAAAAAGCAUUGAAAAUUG